AUGAACGAUAACGAUACUUCAGUUGUUGCUGUUGUGGAGGAAACCGUGGAGGAUGAGGUCACUUCGAGUCAAGAUGACACCAGUAUGAUGAGAAACGAAAUCCUGUUCAAGGUUCUAUUCUACACAUCUGCCGUUAGUUUUGUGCUUCUAUUCUUUCGCUUAAUCUACCAAAUCGUCAAGAAAAUAACUUCCGGUAAGAACGGCAAUUUGCUCACCAAUAGCAAGCCAUUCAAAAUGAUGGUCUCGUCGACCUUUAAGAGCAUGGACAAUACCGGGAAUGGCGAAGUGACCAAAGACGAGUUGUACGCCGGUCUUUUGUUGAUCCAUUUGAAGCUUUCCAAGUUUGUUGGCGCACCCGCAUGUUAUCCUCCCAUCAAGACGACUUGUGACGGCAUGUUCGAGGCCGCGGACCAUGACAAUAGCGGUGGAAUCGACGAAGAAGAGUUCUCUUCCAUUAUGGCAGUCUGCUGCGGUCAAAUCAUGUCCCGAAUGGUUGUCUAUUAUUUGAUUGUCAUUUUGGGAGUACCCUACACGGCGGCAAAAGUUGUCGACAUUUUGCCCAUUGAAAAUGGAUCCCAUUGGGAGACGGUCACGGAAACGAUCGUUGGGUUUGCCAUCUUUAGUUUGGCCAUCCCAUUAGUCUGGAACUUUAUUGAUGAAGCGUCACGAAAGAAGCUAGUGAAGAAGGAAGACAAGCCUGCAGCACCCACAAAGAGUAAUGGUGUUCCGCAAGAAGUGACGCCGAAGAAGAAGAAUUAA